CCCUAAAACCACCCGACCGCCAUAGACUCUAUUCCCGAUUUUCCUCACCGACUCUAUCCAUCUCUCGAUUCUUCUUCUGUAUUUUCAAUUCCAUCCAAAACUCAAACGCUCCAAUACAGGAAUAUCUUCAGCCAUCCGCUAUAUUUAUCUGUAUAACCCACCGCCCAUACACACUUGUCUCGAUGCUUCCCACCGCCUCUAGAAAACCUUCACCCACUUAAAACCAGUCUUGGGAACGAUAUAGCCAUCGGUUGGCGACGAAUGGAUCGACAACUCCUUCCAUCAUCUUCACCAGGUCUAUGGUUCUUCUACUUCACGCAACCGUCCGGUUGCACGACUUUUUCUCUCUCCUUUAAUCCUCUUCUUCUGCAAUUCCGAUCCCCACCCGACGCUUUAUUACAAAAUAUAAUGACCGCAUCUGGUGUUUCUCUUUAUUUUUAUGUAUUCCUUCGUUUUGGGGUACGAUUCCGUCGCCCUACAGAGAAAUCGAAGCAAAAUUAGUUCAGCAAUUUGAAGUGGGUCGGUUCUCUUUUCUUUUUAUCGAUCGUGGUUGAACCUGGAAACCUCCCGUGAAGAACCCUAAAUUCGUCGAUUUUGCUCUGCUCCUUCUCUAUUCGAUUACGCCUCCAAUCGAUGAUGAUUCUAUUGAAGACGAGUACAAUUUGUUUGAAGCGUCCAAAUUUUAUUUUAGGGUUUUCCAAUUCUUUCAGUACAGAAACGUAUCCCUAACAGAAUUUGUCCAUAAAGGAAAGAAUGAAAGAUGAGGAAGAACAGAAGAAGAGGAGACGAUAUCGGAAAAAUUGAUGUUUAUGCUGACCAAUCGCCGUUCUUGACGCUGAUUGCCAUCGCUUGGAGCUUUCAACGUGUAGGUGAGGCAUGUGCAACCUGAAAUCGAUGCUAGAAGAUCACAAUGACCAAAUGCAGGUGAGUUAAGUGGACUAUUUAGUAUAUCCACGUUUACCAUUCACGAGAAACAACUAUCUUCAUAUUUUGUGGGAAUCAAAAUAAUCAAGUGUAUUGGUCGGACGUUGCUCGGUACGAGUAUUGAAAGUCAAAUCAAAAGGAUCGACACCAUACCUUGAAUAUAGUAAGGCAGACAUACAAAAUCGAGUGAUCCAUAACUCGAUCACUAACUUUUUUAACCACAAAUAUGCACGUUUGUUAUCCCAAUGGACACUGAUCUAACAAACACAACUGUUUAUAUCGACAAUCUUGACCCUGGUGUUGCAGAGGAGGGAUUGAGGUCGAUUUUCUUGCAAUUUGGUGAAAUAGUUUAUGUCAAAAUUCCUGCUGCAAAAGGAUGCAGGUUUGUUCAGUUUGUCAACAGGACAUCUGCUGAAGAAGCAAUUCAAAGGAUGCAUGGAAGUCAAAUUGGUCUAACUGUAGUCCACCUUUCUUGGGGAAAAAGCACAGCUGCUAAACAGUGAGUAGGUUAUUGGUGUUUUAAGUAAAGAAAGCUGAAAUCGGGUGUUUUUGUUCAUCUUCGGUCAAAUUUAUGGAGCAAAAGCAUGAAGUUCAUCAAAGGGGGGAUACGAGUUGUUACAUUAAAGGCAGCCUUACAUCCAAGAAGUUUUUAUUACUGAAAAUUUGGAACUCGGUGUUAAACUCUCAUGGAGUAAUGUGAAAUCAAGGGUAUGCACAAUCAAAGCACAAUAUGAUACAAGAAGCUCCAGUGGAAAUGCCAUACAGGCACGUUCUCGACAUAUUUCAAAUAAUGCAGGAGAACAUGAGUGCAGCAACAGACAUCUACAAAAAAAUCAUUGAAGACCACCGAACACCAUAAGGAACCACACUGUUCCGACUCUUUUGUAAUCGAAUGCCCUGUAAUGAUCUAUUAAUGAAUCGAUAUCUUUUUAUCGUCAUCUCUUGAUACAUUUAUCUACCCCAAAAACAAAAAAGGAUAUGGAUUGUUUUGGC